AUGGCUGGAACUGAUCGAAGGAGAGAGGGAAGACAGGCAAGACACAGACAAGAAGUAAGAAUAGCAGCCGGAGACGCAGAAAGAAGCAGCAGGCAGCGGAAGCAGAAGCAAGCAGAGCACGGAGGGACGAACGAGUCCAGCGGUGCUUUUGCUUCCAGAAGAACGGUGCUGCGUACCAGGAGAGGCAAGGAUGGGAGGCAGGAGAGCAGCUUGCAGGGGGGGGGAGGAGAGCAUCACCACCACCACUGGCCACCGACCACUGCCCGCCGCCAGCAAGCACCGCCAGCACGACCAAAAGGACGAGGGAGGAAAAAGCAAGAACUCCCCAUGAGAUGUUUGCCAGCAAAUGGUAUCACCAGACCGAGAAGUAGCUCGAGUGAGAGACAGAGACAGACAGAGAGAAGGGAAAUGGAUGGCUGGGGGGCGAGAAGCUCAGCUAAAAAAGAGCCAGCCAAGGGUCUCCGUCGCCCUUCUGCAAAAAUACCCCCAAGGGCGUCCGUCCUGGAGGAAGAAGAAGACGAGAGUCAGUCAAGAGUAACCAGCAAGUUACAGGCCUGGUACGAGGUCUGGUCUGGCACGCUGGAUGUAAUCUAUAGCUACCUUAGUCAAGAUAUCCUCAGCAUCUUUAUAAUCUUGCUCAUCGUCCUGCUUCAUCAUCAAUCAUCAUCAUCAUCAGCAUCAUCAGCAUCUUCAUCAGCAUCUCUGUCAUCGCCUACCAAAAAGCAACCUCCUGCCCCCGGCCAGCCAGACCCGUCAACCAAUCUGCUUGCACGACCCCCAGCCACCCCCGGCAGCCAGCGAGAGACGACAAGAAGCAGAGGCAGCGGAAGAGGCAGAGGCAGAGGAAGAAGAGGCCCGCCUCUUGCAACUUUUGCAAAAAAAAGAAUAAGAAAAAGGAAAGAAGAAGCAAAAAAAGUAAGUAAGCUAGUUGUCUUCGUUACGUACGGACAGACGGGCGGAUCCCAAGGGUAUCGAAUGAAUGAUACGCCGUGGAAGAAGCAAAAAAAGAGAAGAGAAGACGAAAAAGCAAAGAAAAGCAAAAAAAGGCGCCAGAGAAGAAGAAGAAGAGCAGCAGCAGAAGAGACAAGCAAGGGAACUAAAAAAGAAGCAGCAGAAGCAAGAAGAGGGAAGAGAGUAAUAAUAGAUAGAAAGAGGCAGAGAGAGACAGAGGCAAGCAGAAAAGUCACUCCCACACUUAACACACACACACCAACUCCAAACCAGCCCCUGACAGACAACCAGCAGCCACCAGCAGCAGCAGCGAGAGAGAAACGACCAAAGGACAGAGAGAAGAAGCAAAAGAAGCGCCUAAAGCAAAGCAAGUAA